AUGUUUUAUGCGAAGUCGUGUUUUUUUGGUGAGGAUCUGCGCAAGGAGAAGCAACGCCGCUACAGCUACGAGAAGAGCUUGAAGGAAGCGCUGGCAACGGCCGAAAGAAACCGGACGAUCAACCCGGAGGACGAUGAAGCGCUACGUGAACUGUACAUGAUCCAGCUGCGCCACUGGGCGAUGAAGGCCCUCGACGAGCUCGAUUCCAUCGAAGAAGAACUCCCGAUGGCCCGAAUGAUGGCUGAGAGAGCAGCGGCCGGCAUCACCACCGACGAGCCCAAGCCGCCGCCCACCAAGCUCAAGCCGUUCAUCAUCGCCCGGAAUCGAGAGCAGAAGCGCGUGUUCGGACUCGGCUACCCGUCGGUGCCCACGCUGACCGUUGACGAAUGGGCCGAGGGGAUGAUGAAGGGCGGCAGUUGGGGAAAUUCAAAGCCCGACCCAGCCGCUGAAGCCGCCGCAAAAGCCCACGCCGACCUCGACGACCCCGAGAUGCAGGACGCCGUCGACCCGGACGAGGUGCGAGCCCGGCAGAUGAACUGGGACGAGUACAAGGACACGCAUCGACGCGGCUGGGGCAACACGCACAACAAAGGA